AUGGUGUUUGAUCUCAAUUUGUCGUCUCCAGAGGACUUGAGCAUUGUUUCUGGGACUUUAAAUUCUUCCUAUUCGUUUUCUUUCCUGGAUCUCAGCUUAAUGGGCUGUGAUUUGAGGCAGCAGCAGGCAAUGAAGAGGAGCAGGCAUGGGCCGAGAUCGAGGAGUUUGCAGUAUAUUGGAGUUACGUUCUAUCGGAGGACGGGGAGAUGGGAAUCUCACAUUUGGGACUGUGGGAAGCUUGUUUAUUUGGGGGGAUUUGAUACUGCUCAUGUUGCUGCCAGGUUGGUAUUGUGCCCUUUAAUUGUUACUGAUGGUGCUCACACGGCGACUCGUAUCAAGAUAUAUGUGGGUCCUCUAGGACACCAUUCUUGUCAUUUGAUUAAGUAUUUUGAGGAAGUUCAAGGAGUCAGCAAGAUAAAAGAUGGAUAUAAUCCUGCAACAUGGAUGUUGGAAGCUACCACAUUAGCUCAAGAAAAAUUACUUAAUAUCAAUUUUACUGAUGUAUACAAGACCUCUUUGUUGUUUGAGAGGAACAAAGAAUUGAUUAAAGAACUCAGCUCUCCUGCACCCGGUUCAAGAGAUUUAUUGCUCCCUACCCAAUACUCGCAGUCUUUUUACACACAAUGCUUCGCUUGCCUAUGGAAACAAAACUUAUCAUAUUGGAGGAAUCCUCCAUAUGUUGCAGUGAGAUUUUUCUUCACAUUUGUCAUAGCUUUGCUAUUUGGAACAAUAUUUUGGGAUCUUGGAACCAAAAGGAAUAGGUACCAAUAUUUGUUCAAUGCAAUGGGAUCCAUGUAUGCCUCUGUUCUUUUCAUCGGGGUUAAAAAUGCAUCAUCUGUACAACCCGUCGUUUCUGUAGAAAGGACCGUAUUUUACAGAGAGAGAGCAGCCGGAAUGUAUUCAGCUUUUCCAUACUCGUUUGCACAAAUUGCGAUCGAGCUUCCAUAUGUCUUUGUUCAGGCUUUGAUGUAUGGUGUUAUAGUAUAUGCAAUGAUUGGAUUUGAAUGGACAGUUGCCAAAUUCUUUUGGUAUCUGUUCUUCAUGUAUUUUACGCUGUUAUACUUCACAUUUUACGGAAUGAUGGCAAUAGGCUUGACGCCUAACCAGAGCAUCUCGUCAAUAGUUUCCUCAUCGCUUUAUUCAUUGUGGAAUCUAUUCUCUGGAUUUAUUAUGCCUCAAACGAUAAGUUUUGACUCCUAA